GGUAAUAUGUACCUCCUGUGCAGGUCGCCUCACUAUUAUGAUCAGGCCAAGUAUUUUAAGUGGAGUUGGAUGUUAAUAUACCAAGAACUUCAUUUAGUCGAAUUGGUGGGGCCAGACAGUGCGUGAAUUAUGGGAUUUUGUAUAAAAACUCGGGCUAUACUACGUUUUCAUUUUUAUUUAGCUUUACUGCGUAACCAUCGUUUAAUAGACAAUUCGUUAUUUCUGUAUACAGUGUAACUGCGGUAUUAUCGAGUAUUGUCUUUUCUUCCUAUCUAAAAUUGGGUACCUUUUGAAGUUCGGAAAAACUACUGAUGCACUUAUUUCUGGAGGUUUGUUUUAGAAAUUUCAUAAACUGAUGAAACUUAUCCAGUACACAACGUCAGCGUUAGCUGGUUCCUCAAAUGCUAUGUUAAAUACCAAAAAGGAUUAUUAUGCUUCCAGUAGUUUGUGGGAUAUGCAAACGGUUGUUUUACAGUACAAAUUAACGAUCUAUUGAUGACUGAGAGCUGUAUAGCCCGGAUACGUGAAUUCAAUCGUGUGAUAUGGGGUGGAUCCAAUGUGAAGACAGAUUUGUUCAAACGUUGGUGUCAAGGAUUUUCAUUUAGCCCUGUUGAGUUCAGUGCUUUGGUACAAUCAACAGGUGGUCCAUGUGCUAUUAUAGCUACUACUCAAGCCACAAUUAUGUACGAGGUUUUGUUCAUUCGCAAGCAGAACCUAGCUGAUAUUACAGAUGUCGACAAUAUGGAAAUUCUACUGAGCGCGCUGUUAAGAAUAAUUCUAUUGGUUUCGAGUGAUCGCCAAAGCCAUUUUUGCUGGGUUUACUGGUGUGAAGAUGAAGAACCAGCGAGUUCUGAGUCCUCCAUUCAAAAUGAAAAAUGUGCCACCAGUGAUUUCAGUGCUGCCAAUAGGUCAUCGGAUUCUAAUAUGAACCAGCUUGGAGAAUGCGGUUUCCAGAAAUUUAUUAAUGGUUUAAGAUGCUUCGAAGCGGAAACUGUCGAGGAACUCCGUGCGGUUGCUUUCUCGUUACUUCCUCAAAUAAAAUCAAAAUAUGGAGUAUUGUGCUUCCUUUAUUCUGUUUUGUUCACACAUGGACUUCAGUCACUUAUAAACGAAAUGAAUGGUGAAAUGGAUGCUUUGAUUGAUCCAAUUCAUGGACAUGCUAGUCAGUGUCUGAUUAAUUUAUUAAUUACUGGAGAAAGCACGCCAUAUUUAUUCGAUGGUGAAAGAGAUCUCGGAGGAUUUACAUUGAAAGGUAUAUCCAGGCAACCGAAAACCGGUUUCUUGACUUUUGUUGAAGCAAUGAGAUAUUGUGAAGUGGGAUGGUUCUUGAAAAAUCCAUACUACCCAGUUUGGAUUUUGGGAUCUGAGACACACUUAACCGUUUUGGCGUCGCCAGACAUGUCGUUGGUGUCAAAAAAUGUCAAGUCAGAAAUUAACUCCAUAUCAGGUUUACGUCAAGCUGAAGCUGAGUUUAAUUAUCUAAGCCCAGAUCAAGAUACUGGAGGUUUUAUCAGUUCGUCAGAUUUUGAAAAAUUACUGACCAAAUUACGUCUAUCUACAGGAUCCCAACAAGUAAAUGAUUUAGUUACAAAACUAGAUCCUGAAGGUUUAGGAAUAAUUUUGAAGAAAGACUUCCUACAGUUCUUUUAUCCCGAAGAAAUGGCAAAGCACACCACUGAAGUUAUUAGCUUUCAGUUAAUCCAUUAUAAUGGUUUGGAACACUCUAAUACUGAUGGUCGGGUUCGAUACAGUAUUGGUGAAGCCCGCUUAAUAGAUCCUACAGAAGAGCUUAUCGAGACCCAGCCUAUUGAUCAAAGUCCUAUACAGCAGUGCUUGGCAACAAAGUGGCCUACAAUAAGAAUCAAAUGGAACGUAAACAGAAGUCCGUCACUGAACUAAUUUAUUUGUAAUAUAUUGCAGUAGCAACUCAUCAUUAUUACCCAAACGCUUUCAAAUCUAAAUUUGUACAGUUUAUCACUUUGUAAUCAAAAAUGGAGUGUUUUUAUGUACGUUAUCAUGUUUUAAUGUGUUUAAUCGCUUUGUCAUAUUAUUUACAAGCUCCAUACAUAAGCUUAAAGGUUUUGUUUCUGGGAUAGCAACAGUUACUGCUUCCCUGUCUCUAGCGCGGACUGAAUGUAUAUCGAUAGGCAUACGGUUCAGAAUGGAGAUACUUGCGAUUUCAGUCAGCUUUCCAACUCCGGACGUCCCACUUAUUGCACUCCCGAAUAAUGAUUUAUGGUACCCACAAGAUGGAUAUAAAUUCUGACUCACAUAUACUUACUUACUCCUGUUACCCCUCGUGGAGGAACAUAGGCCGCCCACCAGUAUUCUCCAUCCAACUCUGUCCUGGGCAAUCCUUUCCAGUUGCUUUUUAUCCCUUUUAUGACUGUUUUCGAUUCUCGAUACACGGUGCUCUACGGUCUUCCUAUUUUCCAUUUCCCAUCACGGUUCUAAGUUAGCG